CAGACCGGGCUGAGGUUUCACAUCAAGUCUCUUCACAGCUUGGAAAGGAUAAAAACAUGGCAACUCUGGAUCUAUACACAAAGGGGGCAGGUGUGUGGGUGCCUGACCCAGAAGCAGUUUGGGUCUCAGCCACUCUCCUGAGGGACUACAAACCCGGAGACGAACAGCUUUUGCUGCAACUCCAGAAUGGAAACGAGGUCCAUUACUCUGUGGACUCCCCGUCCGAUCUCCCCCCGCUGGGUAAUCCCGACAUCCUGGAGGGGGAAAACGACCUGACUGCUCUCAGCUUCCUGCACGAGCCUGCUGUGCUGCACAACCUCCGGGUCCGCUUCCUGGACUACAGCAGCAUCUACACCUACUGCGGUAUUGUGUUGGUAGCCAUAAAUCCCUACGAUCAGCUGUCCAUAUAUGGCGAGGAGGUAAUAGACGCUUACAGCGGUCAGGACAUGGGUGACAUGGAGCCUCACAUCUUCUCUGUGGCCGAGGACGCCUACCGCACCAUGACCAGGGAAGAGAGGAAUCAGUCCAUCAUCAUCAGUGGGGAGUCUGGCUCUGGAAAAACGGUUUCAGCCAAAUUCACCAUGCGAUAUUUUGCUGUGGUCGGAGGAGCAGCUCAACAGACCAGCGUGGAGGAGAGGGUGCUGGCUUCAAACCCCAUCAUGGAGUCCAUUGGGAAUGCCAAAACCACUCGGAAUGACAACAGCAGCCGCUUCGGGAAGUACAUUGAGAUUGGUUUUGGUAGAAAGGGGGACAUCAUCGGGGCAAACAUGCGGACCUAUCUGCUGGAGAAGUCGAGGGUUGUCUUUCAGGCGUCAUCGGAGAGAAACUACCACAUAUUCUAUCAGCUGUGUGCAGCCAGAGAACUGCCUGAAAUGAGAUCACUCAGACUGGAGCCACCUGAACAUUUCCACUACACCAAACAGGGAGGAGAGAUGCAGAUUCCCGGCACGGACGAUCUGUCGGACCUGGAGAGAACUCGCAGUGCUUUCACCGUCCUGGGUGUGCAGCCUGAGCAGCAAAUGGAGCUCUUCAGGAUCCUGUCGGCCGUUCUGCACCUGGGAAACGUCAACAUUCAAGCCAGCGGCAGAAGUGCCGACAGGAGUUACAUCGACGCAGACGACCGCUCUCUGGCCGUCUUCUCCAAGCUGCUGGGAGUGGAGGGAUCUCAGAUGGCUCACUGGCUGUGCAGCCGCAGGCUGGCGGUGGGGGGAGAGAUGCUGGUGAAGCCCAUGACCGGUCAGCAGGCUCUGGAAGCCAGAGACGCUCUUGCCAAACACAUCUACGGCCAGCUGUUCACGUGGACGGUCCAGCGGCUCAACUCGGCCCUGCGAUCGCAGAAGGGGAAGACCAAAUCUUUCAUAGGAGUGUUGGAUAUCUACGGGUUUGAGACUUUUGACCAGAACAGUUUUGAGCAGUUCUGUAUAAAUUAUGCAAACGAAAAACUUCAGCAGCAGUUUAACAGGCACGUCUUCCAUUUGGAGCAGGAGGAGUACGUCAGGGAGGAGUUGGCUUGGAACCGGAUCGAAUUCAGCGACAACCAGGAGUGCAUCAAUCUCAUCGAAGGCCCUCUGGGAAUAUUUGACCUGCUGGACGAAGAGUGCCGGAUGCCGAAGGGGUCUGAUGAGAACUGGGUCCGAAAGCUGUACGACCAACACCUGACCAGCAAGCCCCACCCUCACUUCGGGAAGCCCAGGAUGACGAACAGCGCCUUCAUUGUUUUCCACUUUGCUGACACGGUGCAAUAUGAAUGUGGCGGCUUUCUAGACAAGAACCGAGACACAGUGUUUGAGGAGCUCAUCAACAUUCUCAAAGCAAGUCAGUCUGAGCUGGUGGCUGAGCUGUUCCAGCAGCAGGUAGCCGCUCCCUCUGUGGCCAAUGGAAGCGUUCGCUCAGGAAAAAGAGCCGCCAGAGAACACAAGCUGACUGUAGGCUACCAGUUUCGUCAGUCCUUACAGAUGUUAAUGGACACCCUGAACAGCACCACUCCUCACUACGUGCGUUGUAUUAAACCCAACGACCUAAAAGCAGCUUUUAUGUUCGACCCACAGCGGACGGUGCAGCAGCUGAGAGCUUGUGGGGUUCUGGAAACUAUUCGCAUCAGCGCAGCCGGUUAUCCAUCCAGAUGGACAUACGAGGAGUUCUUCAGCAGGUACCGUCUCCUCCUUCGAGGACCCCAGAGCCAGGAUCAGGCUCAGGCCUCGUGCAGACGGGCUCUGCCUCAGCUCAUCCCAGACACCGACCAGUACUGCUUCGGAAAGACCAAAGUGUUUUUCCGAGCCGGUCAGGUGGCCGUCCUGGAGAGGCUGAGGUCCGAGCGGCUGCGUGCCGCUGCUGUGACCAUCCAGCGCCACGCCAAAGGCUGGUUGGCUCGGAUCAGGUACAGCCGGGUCCUGUGGGCGGCUGCUACCAUCCAGAGAUACACCAGAGGAGCUCUGGCCAGACGGCAGGCUCUGACUCUGCGCUACACGAAGGCUGCCAUAGUGAUCCAGAAGACGUACCGGAUGAUGGUGGUCAGGCAACUUUUCCUCAUGAUCCGAGACGCCACCGUCACCAUCCAGGCCUUCACCAGGGGGACUCUGGCCCGCCGCCGAUACAGACAGCUGAUGGCGGAGCGGGCCGCCGUGCUGCUCCAGGCGACGGUGCGUGGCUGGCUGGCGAGGCGGGCGUACCGGCGGGUGCGCGCCGCGGUCAUAUUCAUGCAGUGCUGCGUUCGCCGCAAGGCCAGCAGGAGGGAGUUGCUGAGGCUGAAGGCCGAGGCCCGCUCCGUGGAGCGGUACAGGGAGCUCAACAAGGGCAUGGAGGUCAAACUGAUGCAGCUGCAGCUCCGAGUCGACCAACAGGUGAGGGAGAGCGCCGCUCUGAGAGAGACUCUCCACUCGGAGCGAGAGGCUGCCAGCGCCGAGCUGGAGGCUCUGAGGGGGAUCAUCCAGAAACUGGAGAACCAGAAACUGGAGAAGCCGCCGCCGCCUUCCCAGGCGGUCAGCAAGAAGGAGGUGGAGGAAAAGAGGAGAGCGGAGGAGAAAGCCGCUCAGGAGAUCCUUCGACUCACACAGGAGAUGCAAGCGUUGCAGAAAGACAAGGAGAACAUCAGCAAGGAGAAGGAAGAUCUCGCCGCUCAGCUCCACGAGAAAGAGAGAACCCAAAACGAGUGUAUACAAAAGGCCGUGCUAGAGGCCAGCGCGGCUCUGCAGUCCGAGCUGGAUGAGGAGAAGAUGAAGUACCAGGGUCUCCUGAGGGAGCUCACCAGACUGGAGCAGAGAUACGACAACCUGAGGGAGAUGAAUCUGCUCACCGAGCGCUCCAGAGGACACAGGAGGACCGACUCGGCUCAGAGUCUGAUCUCCGAGCCUCUCUCUCCGUGCUCCACUCCGCUGUCGCCCCAGUCCCUCACGCCGCUCUCGGGGUCCCCCUUCGCAUCGGCCUUCCCGUCCCCGGAGGAGAAGCGCAGGAUCAGCGUGACGUCCCCGACUCCGGAGAGGAGAAUCUUGGUGUUGAGCUCGGAGACGCCGCUGGAUCAGCUGAUGGAGAAGGUGGACGUGGCCAAAGACCCGGCAGUGAAGAAGAAAGGAGAAGACCUGGAGUACGCUUAUGAUGCCGUACGAGUGGCCAACAAGUUUCUGGAGAGCCAGCUGCAGAAGCAGCAGACUGAGUGGAAGGACGAACUCCAGGAUCUGAGGAACCAGCUCAGUCACAAGAUCUGUUCUGGUUCCUCUCCUGCAAAGAAACGGGAUGUGUGGCAGCUGCUGGAAGCCAGAGAGUUUGAGUGCAUGAGGCUGCGGAGGGAGCUGAAGGAGCUGAGGCACACGGCGACUCUCAGACACCUGCUGACGCAAGUUUCGCUGUCGGCUCCGAUCACGGAGACGUUCUGUGCCGCUCGGCCGAAACCGGCAGCCGUCUCCGGUUUGCUGGAGUGCAGGAAGAGAGACGAAACCAAACUCAUCAGGAACCUCAUCGCGGACCUCCGCUCUGAAGGCGCGCUGGCUCUGCCUCCCGGUUUGCCGGCCAGCGUGAUCUUCCUCUGCGUCCGUCAGGCCGACUGCAGCGGAGACCAGGCUCGCGCUCGCUCGCUCUGCAGCGCCGCCCUCAUGGCCAUCAAGGCCGCUCUCAAGAAGCAAACCUCUGAUCUCGACAUGACUGCUCUGUGGCUGAAAAAUGUUGCUCUUUUGCACGACCUGUUGUCCCAACAUUCUCCAAAACAGAGCCUGGACUCGGAUGAGCUCGUUCCUAUGACGACCGACCUGAGCGACUUGAUCCGCUCCCUGAGUGACCUUUGUAUUCAGGCCUAUCAGCAGCUGCUCUCCAUCACCGAGACACAGCUGCAGAAACUCAUCGUCCCGGCCCUCCUGGAGAGCGACACCAUCGCUGGUCUGUCCGGCUCAGCGGUGAAGCUGGUCGUCUCCAGGAAGCGGGCGGGCUCGGACCCUCGGCCGCUCGGCGCCGACGCUCCCACCAUGGCGUCUGUGCUGAGGCAGCUCGGAGCGCUUCACGCCGCCCUGAGCCGCCAGGCUCUGCCCCAGAGUCUGGCGGAGCAAGCUUUCCGCCAGAUGACCUACCUCAUCUGCGCCUCUGCGCUCAACAACCUGCUGCUGAGAAAAGACAUGUGCUGCUGGAGCCGUGGCAUGCAAAUACGUUACAAUGUCAGUGUGCUCGAAGAAUGGCUGCGCAGCCGAGGCCUGGCAGCAGGGGGCGCUGUAGCCACAUUGGAGCCGCUCAUCCAGGCAGCUCAGCUGCUGCAGGUGGGGAAAAAGACGGAUGCGGAUGCUCAGGCCAUAGCCCGGACCUGCACCGCUCUCUCCAGCAAGCAGAUUAUGAAGAUCCUGACUCUCUACACUCCUCACAGUGAUCUUGAUGAAAAAGUCUCUUUAAAUUUCAUUCGCACCGUCCAGGAGCUCGUCAGGAGCCGCUCUGACAGUCAGCCUCCACAGCUCCUCAUGGACGUGAGGAGAGCGUUCCCCGUUACCGUUCCCUACUCGCCUCCCCCGGCCCUCAGCGCAGACGAAUUAGUCAUCCCAGACUCCCUCAAGAUCUCUUUUCUACGCAGAUCCUAGAAGAGCACGACUCCACAUGUUGAAUGCUGCAAUCUGAAAUUUAAACACCUUUCUGACUAUUGGUGCCGCUUUAUUUUCAAACAAAAAUUGUUAGUCUAUAAGAAGCCCUCGGGUUGUAUUUUUCUACCAACUUAAUGAGUCCAGGAUUACUGAUCUCUGCUACCGUAUCCAGUUCUAUACUGAUCAUGUAGAAAUGUCCGGGCUUAAAUUUGAAGCUGAAUGCAGGUACCAUGUUGAAAAAAUAUAUUAAAAUCCCAGGUGCAACAAAUACGUAAAGUUUAUUAGAACUUCUGAAUAGUAAAUCAUGUCUUUCCAUUUGUCUCUGAUAUAAAUAUGGCAUUAGAAACCUAUUUGUUUAGAUGCUCUCCCCUAGAUGGCAAUCAAUGUUUCCACCACACACAGUGAGGGUGGAAAAGGAAGAAAAAUCCAAAGCUCACUGUCAGAAGAUGCCAAAAUGACAUCGUCUGCAGCAUUUUUAAGUUUUAGAAAUCGGCACUAGAAGUUUUCCACAGAUCAGCUGGUUUGUUAGAAGACACCCCAGGCACAAAAAGUUUGUUCUGUGUUACCAUCACAAACGUAAACAUGUGGUGUUUGAUAAUCUCUACUCUGCUUUGGUCAGAUCAGUCUAAAAAAUGUUGUUUUUUUUCCCCCCCAAAUAAAUCAAGUUUUGUGAAAAGGCACCUGAUGCCCACUGUUAAGGUGGAGGAUCUGUGAUGCUGUGGGCUUGUAUGACAACAUGAGCUCUGCUGAAUAAAUGGAUGUCUGUCGAGAACAUGCUUUCAACAC